GCGUAAACCCUUUGUGGGCCUCUCGUGCCUCACGUUCCGGGCAAGGAGAAAUUUGCCUGCCUGCCCAGUCUAAACAAAAAAGGAAUAAAAAAUCACGCCCUCCCCUCCCCUCCCCGCAGCCUCAGCGAACCUCGGCGAUGGCGGCGGCGGCGGACGAGGCGUGGUGCCGGGAGACGGUUCCCCGGGUGAUGGAGCUGGUGAGCCCGCGCCUCCCCCAGCGCGACGCCUGCGCCCUGCUCUCCGUCAGCCCCUGGUGCCACCGCUCCCUCGCCGCCAACCCCAAGCUCUGGGAGGUACUCGACCUGCACGAGACGAAGAAAGCUGGCGAGCGGCUCAUUUCCGCGCUUUCAAUGGCAAGGUAUCGCCAUCUCAAAGUCGUGAACCUUGAAUUCGCUCAAGAUAUCGAGGACCGGCAUUUUCUCCAUCUGAAAGAAAUGGGUGCUAUCUUACUAGAAGAGUUGGAAUUCCUGAACCUAAAUGCAUGUCAGAAGAUCUCUGAUACAGGGAUUGGAGCUGCUACCAGUCUUUGUCCUAAUCUUCGGGCCCUGUCGAUCUAUUGGAUUGUUGGAUUGACAGACGCAAGCACUGAACAUAUUGUGAAGAACUGCAAGCAGAUAAUCGACUUGAAUCUGAGUGGCUGCAAGAACAUCUCAGAUAGAGGAAUACAGCUAGUUGCCGAUAAUUAUCAAGGACUACAGAAAUUGGACAUAACCAGGUGUAUUAAGUUGACUGAUGAUGCAUUGCAAAAAGUUCUUGAGAAAUGCUCUGCUCUUGAAAGCUUGAACAUGUAUGCCCUUUCAAGUUUUACCGACAAGGCUUAUACAAAAAUUGGAUAUUUAGCCAACCUCACAUUUCUAGACUUAUGUGGGGCCCAGGGUUCCCAGAACCUAACUGAUGACGGUCUUAGCAGUAUAUCAAGAUGCGGAAGUUUGACAUAUCUCAAUUUAUCUUGGUGCGUCCGUGUUACUGAUGUUGGGGUGGUAGCUAUCGCACAAGGUUGUCGGACCCUUGAACUACUAAGUUUAUUUGGAAUACUUGGAGUAACUGAUGCCUGCCUGGAGGCUUUGUCAAAAUCUUGCUCAAAUAGUCUCACGACUCUGGAUGUAAAUGGCUGUACUGGUAUUAAGAUCUGGUUUUCCUACUUUCUGCAAAUCAAUUGUUUGAUUGACGAGUACCCUUGUUUGACAGAGGAGGAGCCGGGACGAGCUGAUCCAACUGUUCCCACGAUUGAGUUGCUUCAAAGUGCACAGCUAGAAACAACGGCUCAGGCUUUUUUGGCUGGACGAUCCGACUGGCUACUGGCUACUGGUAGCAGCAGCUGAUCCUGAUCGAGAGCGAUGGGGUGGGCGAUCGCGCUGCACGGCGGCGCCGGGGACAUCCCGCGCACGCUGCCGCCGGAGCGCCGGGAGCCCCGCCUCGCCACGCUCCGCCGCUGCCUCGACCUCGGCGCCGCCGCGCUCCGGGCCGGCCGCUCCGCCCUCGACGUCGUCGAGCUCGUCGUGAGAGAGCUGGAGGACUGCCCGCACUUCAACGCCGGCAAGGGGUCGGUGCUCACCAGCGACGGCACGGUGGAGAUGGAGGCCUCCGUCAUGGACGCCACCGGCAUGCGCUGCGGCGCCGUCUCGGGCCUCUCCACCGUCGUCAACCCCAUCUCCCUCGCCAGGCUCGUCAUGGACAAGACGCCGCACAUCUACCUCGCCUUCGAAGGGGCCGAGGCCUUCGCAAGAGACCAGGGUGUGGAGACCAGGGAUCAAAGCCACUUCAUAACAGAGGAAAACAUUGAGAGGCUCAGAAACGCCAAAGAGGCCAACAGGGUGCAGAUCGACUACACCCAGUACAACUACACCGACCCAAUCUGCGCUCCCAACAACGACGACAACAGCCGGACCGGCACGGUGGGCUGCGUGGCCGUCGACGCCUCGGGCGGCCUGGCAUCGGCGACCUCCACGGGCGGGCUGGUGAACAAGAUGGCCGGCAGGAUCGGCGACACCCCGGUCAUCGGCGCCGGCACCUACGCCAACGCCCUCUGCGCCGUGUCCACCACGGGCAAGGGCGAGGACAUCAUGAGGCACACCGUGGCGCGCGACGUGGUGGCGGUGAUGGAGCACCGGGGCCUCUCGCUGGAGGAGGCCGCCGCGCGCGUCGUGGCCGGCGUGCCCCGGGGCUCCGUGGGGCUCGUGGCCGUGUCGGCCGCCGGGGAGGUCACCAUGCCCUACAACACCACGGGGAUGUUCAGGGCGUGCGCCACCGAGGACGGCUACUCCGAGGUUGCCAUAUGGCCUGCAUGAUCCUGACUGAGCUAGCGUUGGAGAAUCAACUGGCUGAUUAUGUGUGUCUGUCUUGUUUCUCUAGUGCCUGCUGCAGGUGCGGAUCUCUGCUUUGGCAGUUGCCACUACGAGGCAAAGAACUCCAUCAGUUUGAUGUUUCUGUUUCUGUUGUAAGGAUUUAGCUAAUUUGGUAUGAAAAUUAUUGAAAGUUUGUGUUAUCAUUGAA